AUGUACCAGAUACAUGAGAAGGACAAGCAGGUCGUCGACGGGGCAGCUGGCAGCUGGCAGCAGGCAGCACAAAAGCCCUUUUCAAAGUCUUGGCUCGGGCGCGGUGCGACCUCAACGGAGACGGGAUGUCGCCUUCCUCUAAGCCAGAUGCGUCUCGGUGUAGAGAAUCUCGGCCACCCGUCUCACUUCCAGCCCGGUCGGGGAGAGGCGGAGAAGGAGGAGGAUUGGACAUGA